AAAAAAAAAAAAAAAAAAAACUCUUUCACAUUUGUGUGAUGCGUGAAUGUUGCUUGUCUGAUAAUAUAAUUGCUGUAUCACGGCCAUUCCUUUGUCGGCUAUUACAUAGUGUGUGAGUGAGUGACACUCACCGCCGCGCAUGGAAGUGAGUCGUAAUUCAGUGUGAAAAUGUUCGGUAUAAAUCAUGAUAUUUUAUUCCCAGGUUGUGCGCAACAAAACCAUGACAGGCUGUUUGUUUCUUGGACGAGGAGGAGGUGGAGGUGGAGUCAGUCCUUAGUCCACAGUAUAAAUUCGCCACGUGUGGGAAAAGUCGCUCUCUUGCGUCACGUGCUGUUCCCGCCGGAGCGCACGAGGAGAGCCCGGCACGUGUGUCCACGAUGGAGAAUGAUGUUCCGAAAAUCAUGUACUCGCUGCAUUCAGAAUCUGCCGCCUUUUCCUCGGUUAUACAAAAUAAAUCAGACAGUUCAGUUGUGCCGGAUGCUUCAUUGGAUUGGGUUCCUGUAUUUCGACUAGUGUAACACCCUGAUGUUCUCACUGCAGACGAAGUGCGCCAGAGAAAAUAAUAUCCAUGCUGUAGAGUGUUUUCAGAGCGCUUUUGAGGCCCCUGUUCACCACAACAAGGUGAGCAUCCAAGGUGCUUCUUGGACCAAGAUCCAUGAUCUUCUGUCAAUAGUAUUGGGACGCUCUGAGAAGCAUUUCGAAGUGGACGGCCGUGUCCUGAAAUGACUUGUACCACUUGAGCUGGGCCUUAAGCAACUUAAGCUGGGACAUAGAAGAGAUGUGGCACCAACGCUGGCUGUGAUGAUGGCUGGUGACCGUGGAUAGUUCACUGUCAUGUCCCUGCAUACGGUCACCUGACUUGUCUUGAUUUCUGUACUGCUUCCGGGCAUACAUGCGAUAAGACUAUGCCUGCUGAGGAGCACUCUGCACCCUCUGCUCAAGCAGAUGCAGAACAUGGGCAGACUGAGACUCCCAGUAAACUGGAACCGCUAAGCAGGAGCAGUGUGACUGACCAGCCCAUCCCAGGGCCAUCCAGCACUCCUCAGAGGCAGGGCUUCUGCAGCUGCUGUCAGGUCAUCUACAGCAGUGUGGAGCAGCAUAUCCUGAGCACCAGGCACCGGCAGGUGGUCAGCGGUGCUCGGACGCACACAACAUCCGGCAGCCUUAUGGAAAGAUUCCUUCAGGAUGUCAUACAGCACCAUCCGCACCGCUACAACGACACCAGACCCACCCAUGCUGACCUCCCUUCUCUGAGCACACCCUUAGUUCCAAAGGAAGUGCUCUCUGAUGUGUGCUGCACAGAGGAGGAUGAUGGCGACACUGUGGGCACCCGGGAGGAGAUGCUCGGCUCCGAUGAGGGCUCCUGCCUCUCAGUCUUUGUGGAGGAUGUAGGUGCUUCCCGCAGAGAAGGUCUUCAGGAAUGCAGGACAGGAGGUGCUCAGGACGUUCGUUCAAAAACAAGUAGCUCAUCAGAUGGAAACAGGGUCAAGAUGCGUAAGAACCAAACAUUUGAGGAUACAGACUCUCCGAUGCAGGGCUUGUUUCACAGGACUAGUGGCAGGUAUGCCUCAGCCCAAGUUCAUCCUUGCAGCCCUCAAGGUUCAUCCUCUGGCAAGCAGUUAAGGCCACCUGUCCAACUUCAUCGAAAAGCUCACCGGAAGACAGAUCGCCGGAGAAACAAAACUGACUCCGAUUCCUCCAGUUCGAUGGCUCUGAAGGAUACGAACACAAGACCGGCUGCCCCUCUUGUGCGGCCUUCGCUGCAGGAUGUUCACAGGGUCCAGGCUCCCUCCAGCAAACUCUCUGAAACAGUUGCAGAUGUGAUAGAGGAGGUUAUCGAAAAAUACUGUUACGGACCAAUCUCUGCUGAGAGACAGGAUGACGAGGACAGUUUCCAUUUGAGCCUUGGCUCAAUCACCAAGCCUUACUUCUCAGACUCUGGGCCAAGUCUACAACUGGACAUUCCAGACCAAGAUUUAUCAGAAGGCCCUAAACCGGCAGUCAAAGAUCUUGGUUGUCUCAUGGAAGUGCAUCUAAAUCUAGAGGAUCAGAAGUACAGAAGUCAACUACAUAGUGCGCUGAACCUGACCCCUGGAUUGGAGGAGAACUGUACUGUGGGAGCAGUGAGAGCAAGAGAAGAGGCCCAUGAGGAGGUCCUGCCUGCACUGCCACAUGUACCUCCAUCUUUUGUUGGAAAGACAUGGGCCCAGGUCAUGCAUGAAGAUGACCUGAAGAUUGAGGCAAUGGUGCGGGAGUUUAGGGAAGGGCGCUUCCGAUGCUACUUUGAAAGUGAGUCCCUGGCAGCGUUUGGAAAGAGGAGUGAUAAACGAAAGAGGAAGGGUGGCUUGGCACAGAAGGAGGAGUGGGAAGGUGAGCAUGUUCUGCCCCUAACAGAUCACCCAGAGGAUGACUCUGUUUGCGGUAGGGUGUUACGGAAGAGUGCAGGGCGCAGGACGUGGAGACUGGCCUCCCGCUGCCAGGUGGUAAAGGUUAGCCACAGCACCCAGACCACCUUGCUGACCAGCCCUGUUGUCAGGCCCAGGGCCCUGGAGAAGUCCUCCUUUCCCGCUGAAGAUUUUGAACCUCAGCAAGACCCUGCCAUGGAGAGAACACCUGACAUGAAGACUAGGCUGUGCCCUCUGAAACUGCCUGAGGCAUAUUGGAAAAUCAUGACCCCUCUGCAACCAAAAACGGUGGUCUAUGUGUUGUCCUCCCCUGACUCUGUAGAAGUUCCCUCGAAGCCCAUCACCAUCAGAAAGGCCGGAAGGAAACGAAAGUCCUCUGAUGACAGUGUAUUAAAAUAUAAGUACAAGAAAACCCCCCUUAAGUAUUAUGAUCCACAGUCCAAUAGGAUCCUCAAGACUCCGCCCAAGGGAGUGGCAGUUGGCAAGCCCAGCUCGCUUCAUCACGUCCGUCAGCUCUUCCGGAGUCUCAGUCCGGACAUCAACAAGGAGAAGCAGUUUGUCGAGCAGAGGGAUACACGGAGCUCUUCGAAGCGACGGGGAAGCAGCAUCGCGGAGCUCUGUGCCUCCACUUCAGGCUCGUGCCUAGAGAGCGCAGGAGCUUCUGAGCUGGGCUCCUCGGUCUCCAGCAGGAAGGUGCUUUUCAGCCGCUCUUCCAUUUCCAGCAGUGGUUGCUUCCUGCCAGGGUCCCGCACUCCCACCCCUUCCUGUACGGACAGCACCAAGAGGACUCUGCCCGCCGAGUCCAGCGACGUCGUCCGAACCAGGGCAAGGAGAAGCCCCAAGAUUGGUAGGCAGGGCGCCCAGGUGGAGUGCCUGAAAGAGAAAGGACCCUCCCCUCCCUACAAGCCCAGGAAGAUGCCUGCCAGGUUGACAGCUAAGAGAGGUCGGCACAGACUAGAAUUCCCUGCGAAGUCCUGCGGUCGGGGUCGGCUGCCCAAAACGAUGGACCACGGGAAAGAUUCCACUCAGGGUUUCCUACCCAAAGUGAAGGCCAAGAGCACCCCCCCGCACCAGGCGGUGUCACAGAAAUCUCCUGUUAGAAUGUCCCCCAAGUCAAAAAGCUCUGUGAGGGCUUCCUCUCAACCUCCAAGUCUGCAGAAAAGGAGGUCAGGAGCACCAACCAGGUCGUCCAACAGACAUGCCCCUGCUUCCCUGGUCACGCACAAACUGAGGAAGAGAGUGAAGAGAUAGAGAUGGAACCGUGACCAGUGGUCAGCUGUCAUCUUUCCCCAAGGGGAACAGUACUACUUGAUGCACUAAUGUCCCGUGUUUUGCCCCCUUUUGGGGUACUGUGGAAUCAUUGUCUGAGCCAGGGAGGAAGGAAAAACAUUAGAAGGUAGAUGUUAAGCGCGGUAAUGAUUUGCACAGAAUAUGGCUCCAGAGGAAAACGUUUUGUUCUUUUUACAGUUUAAUCAGGUUAAUUUUUUUAAGUUUGUAAUAAAUAUUUUUC